AUGUCUUCACAAAAUAUCUUCCAUGACACUAGAAGUUUACCAACAAAUGUAUUAACACUGGUUGAUGAUCAGUUUUACGAGUUUGUCGAACAACGUCUUGGAAUGUACCAAUCGCUGUUAUUAAAAAUGCAAGAAAUUAAUUCUGUACAAUUGAUAAAGAUAUGUUUUCCACUGGAAGAUGGUUCAUUCAUUGUCAAGCCCGGAGUCAAAAAUAGUUUUACUUGUCUACGAAAUCUAUUGUCAAAAAAAAUCGAUGAAAAAUUGAAACCAACAAGAACCUCAAAAUCUCCAUCAACAACAGCUAUUUCAACAGAUAGUGUGACAUUAGCAUCACCAUCUUCAAUAUCAUUGACGACAACAUCACUACUACAAACAAUAAAUCCACCAUCACCUGCUGUACCAGUAAUAUCAAUUGCUGAACAUCGGAGUUAUUUCUUGAAUUUAUUAAAACUUUGGUGUUCUAAUCACAAAGAUGAAUUUAUGUCUGAUUCAUUCGAUUUAAAAGAAGGUGAAGAUUUCAUUUUAAAUGUAUUAAACGAUCAAAACAAUAAUCUUAUAGUUAGUGUUAAAUGUAAUUGUGGUCGAUCAAUAUCGUUAAAUAUGAAAGAUGGAAAAAUACAGCUUUCUAAUUAUCAAAAACAUUUGCGUUCAACAAACUGCAGCCAUGUGAAAACUAUGAAGAAGAUGAAUAGUGAACAAAAUAGAAUCAAUAUUCAACAAUCAGCAAAUGUUUCAUCACCAUCAACAUCCAUUGGACCAAUGCCACCAGGAUCAAAUCAAGCUGAAUCUGCUCAACAAGCUUUUUCAUCUGAUUCAUCCGCUGUAUCACCGGUUUUGGUUACUCCUUCUGUAGAAACGAAAGGAGCAGCAUUAUCCGAAAAAAAUUCUCUGAAACGUGUUCGUUCAUCUCAGUCAUCUUUGUCUAAAAAGACUAAAAGGAGUCGUGCCUGA